GGAAGAUUGUAUUUCAGGCCCCAACCAGGAGUUCCACGCCACUUUAAUGAACAAAGAUAAACUGCUAGCACAAAAUUCAGCGUAUCAACCUAAAAUGUGAUUCUAUUGGGGAUUCAGACUGAAUAAUAACUAUUAUGGACCCAAGCAACAUAGAGGAUACAUUUGAACUGAACGAGGAGGAUAUAGAAGAAGUUAUAGAGUUUAACAACAGUCCUUCACAACCAGAGGCCCUUGCUGAAGGCAUGGAAGAUAUGGACCUAGACCAAUACGAUGGUGAUGGUGGUGUUGAAGAUGAAGAUAAAGAAAACAGUACAUCCCUGCCUUUGAGAGAUGAUGCUGAUUUGGUUUUUACUGAACAUAAAGGUUCUGUGUUUUGUGUGCAAGCUGACCCAGUUAAAUGUGAAUUUGCUGUGAGUGGUGGAGAAGAUGACCUGGCAUACCUCUGGAAAAUUGACAGUGGACAGGUGGUUUUAAAAUGUACAGGACACAAAGACUCUGUGACUCAAGUUGCAUUUAGCCAUGACUCACAGUACUUAGCUACAGGAGAUAUGAGUGGGAUAAUCAAGGUUUGGAAGGUUGACACAAAGGUGGAAAUAUGGUCAUUUGAAUGCACUGAUCUAGAAUGGCUCAGAUGGCAUCAUUGUGCUCACAUUCUGCUGGCUGGCACAGUAGAUGGGGAGAUGUGGAUGUGGAAGAUUCCUGGAGGAGACUGUAAAACUUUCCAAGGUCAAGGAUGUACAUGCAGUGAGGGCAGAAUUUUACCUGAUGGAAAGCGAGCAUGUACAGGCUAUGAUGAUGGGACUGUUAAAAUUUGGGAUCUGAAAGAAGGUUCCCCAUUACACUCCAUAUCUGGUCACGAUGCUCAUGAUGGUGCUAUUACAUGCAUAGACUGCCACCCAGAUAAUGUCAUGGUUGUCACAGGGUCAGUUGAUGUCACUGCCAAGGUUAUUAACUCAAACAAUGGCAAGGUGGUGACAACAUUUAAUUGCAAAAAACAGUCCAGUGAAACAGAUGCCUCCGCUGCUGAAAAAGAGGACUCUGUAGAGGCAGUGGGUUGCUCACCAAACAACCCAUAUUUAGCUACAGGCACUCUUGCUGGUUCCCUGUGCUUUUGGGACCUUACAAAGCAGACUGUUAGACAACAGUGUGAUAAUGAGGCUGGAAUUGUGAGGCUGAAGUGGGAUAACACAUCCCCCAUGGUGUACACAGGCAGCCUAGAUGGGACAGUAAGGCUGUGGGAUGCAAGGACAGGCAAGACAGAGGCACAGUGGAUGGGACACGGGGCAGAGAUAUUAGAUUUAACCAUAUCUAGGGAUGGCAAUCACCUUCUAACAUCAUCCAGCGAUGAGACAGUCAGAGUAUAUUCUUUACACUCGCCUGACAGAUGAAGAUGUGUUUUGGAAGACUAUAAUGUCACAUAAACUUCAUUUUUAAAAAUUGGAACAUUAAGAAUAGUAUCAUAAAUUACCACUUUGUGAUUUCCAUGGAAGAUUGUUAUGCUGAAACAUUAUAAAAAUUGGAACAUUAAAGAUAGUAUUAUAAAUUAUCACUUUGUGAUUUCCGUGGAAGAUUGUUAUGCUGAAACAUUAUAUUACUUAGUGGCAAUUCUUUGUCAUGCUGCUUUGUAGUAUUACGUCUCAGAUACCCUUUUAGAUAUUGAACAUUGCUGAGUAAAUCUCCUAGUUAGUGGGUUCACAGGAACUUGUUUAGCAAGAAGUGUUACAUGCAAGGAAAUAAAAGGAUAACAAAUCUUCAUAUGAGAUUCAAAAUUCCCAAAUAAAUACAUUCUAAACAA